AAUGCUAAAUUUAAAUUCAAGCUAAACGAAAUUCUUUGAACUAAAAGGAACCUCCAAAACACUACCAGAAGCCCAUAAAAGCAAUUAGAAAAAAGUGAAAAUAUUUCGAAAUUAAAAACUAAUCAGAAAACAGCUCAAAGGCAAAUGAUUAGCUAAGUGUUUAAAAGCAUUUACAGAUACCGCCUGGCGCUUCGUUGGAAUUUUUGACGUCAAAAGUGGAUACUACGCUGCGCUUUCAAGGCUAAUAAUAGCUUAUAAGGCUAGCAUCCCUUCUUUCAAAAUGAAUCGCGUGAAGUUGAACUAAGGAAGCACUUAUAAUUUACGUAACCCCAAGGACUUGCCAAGAGGCUAAUUAUGGCUUAUAAAAUAAUUUCUGUAGGCAGUCAAACAACAAAUUUCUCCGUCUACAUGGCGCUGAUGAUUGUUUUUCUGCUGCCCGCGCCCGCUAACACAUUCCUACCACUCACACACUCUGCCGCCACCACAACCAUAACAACAACGACAACAACAGCAGCAAGCGCCAGUAUAGCCGCCGCCAUUAUGCCGCCCAUUGAAUUUGCGCCGGAUAUGAUUAUAACACCCGAUGCAUUGGACAAUUGCCCAAUAGGUUACUUUCAUUGCAACACAUCAGCGCAGUGUGUGCCACAGCGGCUGAACUGUGACGAAAAGGCGGAUUGUGAUGAUGCCUCGGAUGAGUGGAAUUGCGUCAAUGAUGUGGAUGCGAAAUUUUGGGAUCACUUCUUUCGCAAGCAGCCCUAUGGACGGCAUGAUGAUGUGCCAGUGGAGACGUGCGAUUGGCUGUACCCAAGCAAUUUUAGCUGCCUUUGUCGUGGUGAUGAAAUUUUAUGUCGCUUCCAACAGCUAACGGCAAUACCGCCCAAUUUGCCGACCAUAGAAUUGACGAUGCUCGAUUUGACCGGAAAUAAUUUUCCCUACAUCGAUGAGCAUUUUAUCGCGCAGUUGCCAAUGGUGGAGAGCCUGGUCUUAAAAUUUUGCUCCAUCGAUCGCUUGGCAUCGUCUGCCUUCAGAAGACUAUCGGAGAUACCGUUAAAAACCCUCUAUUUGGAUGAAAAUAAAAUCUCUAGCUUGGCCGAAAAUCUAUUCCCUGCUGGAAAUUCUUUGAAAACAUUAAUCCUCUCUGGCAACCGCAUUAAAGAACUUCACAAAUAUGAUUUUCAGCAUUUGGAUGGCUUAACGGAACUAGACCUGCGUGGCAAUCGCAUUGAAACAUUUGAAGCGAAAGUCUUUGAAGAGCUGCAGAACCUUCAAGUGCUCUACCUUAAUGAGAAUCACAUCCAUCAAAUCCGUCCGGGCAUGUUUCCUCUACUCACAAAGCUGCAUACGCUAUCGCUGGCGCACAAUCGCAUCGUCGACAUCGAACGGAAUUCGUUUACAUUCCCGCGGUUAUUGCAUUUAUUUUUAGCCGGUAAUCAUUUGACGGUGCUGCGAGCGCAUACAUUUUGUCCUUUACGUCUGCUGCAGGGACUCCACCUGAACGACAACCGCUUGGCGCACUUCGAGUUGCAUGCCUUCGAUUGCAUGCAGAAUCUUACAUCACUGCUGCUGACGGGCAAUGAAUUCAAGACAUUGGAUCCGCGUGUCUUGCAGAAUCUGACAAAUUUGAAUUAUAUCUACUUCUCUUGGUUCCAUUUGUGUCGCGCCGCGCUGCAUGUGCGCGUCUGUGAACCGCAUGGUGAUGGUAUUAGUAGCACUUAUCACUUGUUGGAUAAUCAGAUAUUGCGCGCGAGCGUCUGGGCGAUGGCCUUUAUCGCCACCAUUGGCAAUUUGCUCGUCCUACUCGGCCGCUGCUUCUACAAAUCGCGCAGCAAUGUCGAACACUCUUUGUACCUACGUCAUUUGGCCGCCAGUGACUUUCUUAUGGGCAUCUACUUAACGAUAAUCGCUUGUGCUGAUAUUAAAUUUCGUGACAAAUACAUAAUCUACGAUGAAUUAUGGCGACACAGUGUGUGGUGCGAUUUCUCGGGCUUCCUGAGCACAUUCAGCUGUCAAUCAUCGACUUUGCUGCUGACAUUAGUCACUUGGGAUCGCCUAAUGUCGGUGACACGCCCAUUGAAACCACGCGAUAGCGGCAAAACGCGAAUUGCCUUUCGUCUCGUCCUCCUCUGGGGCGUGUCAUUUGUGCUCGCCGCCUUGCCAUUUCUACCAAUAAAAUAUUUCGGUGGACACUUUUAUGGUACUAAUGGUGUUUGUUUGUCGCUGCAUAUACACGAUCCCUUUGCCAAGGGUUGGGAGUAUUCAGCACUACUGUUCAUACUCAUCAACACCAUCUCACUGAUUUUCAUUUCGAAUUCCUAUAUUCGAAUGUUGCAGGCAAUACGCGAUUCGGGUGGCGGCAUGCGGAGUACGUUGAGUGGACGCGAAAAUGUUGUGGCAACGCGUUUCGCCAUUAUUGUGACUACAGACUGCGCCUGCUGGCUGCCCAUAAUUGUCGUGAAAGUGGCGGCGCUCUCAGGCUGUGCCAUUUCCCCCUCGCUCUACGCUUGGCUCGCAGUGCUUGUGUUGCCUGUGAAUUCGGCGCUAAAUCCAGUGCUCUACACGCUCACCACGGCCGCCUUCAAGCAACAGCUGCUGCGCUAUUGCCAAGCAGUACCCACCUCCUGCUCUCUAAUGACCGAUCCACGUUCGCAGACGCAAACCGCAUUCGAUUCGAACCUGAGCAUGAGCCUGGGUCACUUUAGCAGCAUACGCAAUCAGAGUCACAACCAUAGUCACAACUAUAGUCGCUCAUCAUCGGGCAGAAAGCGAUCGCAGAAUAGACGUUUGAGUUAUGUUUGAUGCGGGCGAUGCACUGGCGUAGGACGAGUAGCAAGAGGAGGAGGAGGAGGUGGCGAUGUAAGCGAGGAAAAUGGCUGCAAAUGUUCCUUACGGAGUGCAGGAGUGACAAUAAUGUGAAUGUCGUGAAGUGUUAAGCAGCGUGGUGGUGCUGUUGUAUAUAUGUAUGUAUGUAUGCGUGUAUAACAAGUGUAAGUAUGUGUGUGAGAUGCUGGCUGGAGUCUAGACUGUUUUUUAUGAUUUAGUUUUAAUAGCGAAAUUAUUAGAAUGCUAAGGAUAAAUUCGCAAAUUAUUUUUCACUUUGUAUUAAAAAAGAGUUGAAAAAAGAGAAAAAAUUUAUAAAAUAAUACAAAUAAUGCAGCAAGAAUGAAUUAUAGUUGCCUAAAAUCUUAAUGUAAAGUGAGCCAGAAAUCUCUACUUAUGUUAAAGUUUAAAAGCGAAAAAUUAAAAAAAAAAUAUUUAAAUACAAA